GAGGCGAGCUGUGGGGAGAGAGGAAAAAGUUCUCAACAAGGAGAGGCAGGACUACUCUUACGGAGCCCCUGCAGUCUCACUUUUUAUGCCUCUAAACGACUUUCCCUGCCAUCUUUUUUGCAUUUUUGCCCUGCAAUACGACUUUUACGUUUCCGAAAGAGAAAUUCUACUUUUUAACUUAAGUGUAAACACCAGCACCAUGGAGCUGCUCUGCCUCGAAAUGGACACCAUCAUACGAGCUCGUCCUGAUCCGAACCUUCUGUGCGAUGACAGAGUCCUGCAGAGCUUGUUGACUAUAGAAGAGAGGUUUUUGCCUCAAUAUUCCUAUUUCAAAGGCGUCCAGAAAGAUAUUCAGCCGUUUAUGAGGAGGAUGGUCGCUACUUGGAUGUUGGAGGUUUGUGAGGAGCAGAAGUGCGAGGAAGAAGUUUUUCCCUUGGCCAUGAACUACUUAGACAGAUUUCUAGCAGUGGUACCCACCAAAAAGUGUAACCUGCAGCUGCUGGGAGCAGUGUGCAUGUUUCUUGCAUCCAAAUUGAAAGAGACUCGUCCAUUAACUGCAGAGAAGCUUUGCAUCUACACAGAUAACUCCAUCAGACCACAAGAGCUGCUGGAAUGGGAACUGGUGGUGUUGGGGAAGUUGAAGUGGAACCUGGCAGCAGUAACACCAAAUGAUUUCAUUGAGCACAUCAUGAGGAGACUGCCGCUGCCCGAGGAUAAGCUGGCACUUAUUCGGAAACAUGUCCAGACCUUCAUUGCCCUCUGUGCCACAGAUUUCAGAUUCGCCAUGUACCCUCCCUCCAUGAUUGCCACAGGAAGUGUGGGGGCAGCAAUCUGCGGCCUACAGCUUGAUUCAGCUGACCACUCACAGUGGGGUGACAGUCUGACAGACCUGCUGGCAAAAAUUACAAACACAGAAGUGGAUGUUCUAAAAGAGUGCCAGGAGCAAAUCGAACGUGUAUUGGUAAGCAGCCUACGUGAAGGGCGGCAGCAGCAGCAGCAACAGCAGCAGACUCAGAGAGGCCCCAGUGGGAAAGGCCUGGAUGAGCUGGAUCAAUCCUCCACGCCAACAGAUGUCCGUGAUGUCAACUUGUGAACCACCAGAGGGAAACAUUGCACAGGAUUUACAACAAAAAAAAAAAGUCAAUUUUCUUAAAAGCAGAAAAAAAAAGAACAAAAUGUAAAAAUCUUAAAAACAAGAGAGCAAUGCUUGCUAGUUUUUUUUUGUUUUGUUUUGUUUUUGUAGAUUUCUGUUCUUCAGGUGGAAAGCACCUACUCAUAAAAUAGAUUUUCUAUGAUGUUAUAGCCUUAAAAUAUCAAAUUUGAUACAAGAUGAAGCUCUGUGAGGCCUUGGAUAUCCAGAAGGGAAGUCAAUCAUAUUUGCAUUCUGCCUUUGAUUGUAUAGUAUGAUCUUUUAAGUUAUAUUUUAACCAUAGCUUGAUAAUAAGGCUGUUAUGGUAGAAGGUGUGGAAACUAUUCAGAAACUGCAUAGUUGGGAUCAGACUGCAGCUUCCCUGUUUCGCUUUAUGAGUAAAGUCACGAUUACUGGUGUAGUAGAGGUCACCUGAUCAAGCUCCUCAAUUAUUACUAUCAUCAUGUACUGAUGAUGAGACCGAGGAGGCUGUGAGACCAUUUGCUGAGAGUUGGUGGAUUCCAGGGAACACCUGGGAUGAUAAUAAUAAUUAGUAGUAUUAGUAAUUAUUAUUAUUAUUGUUUUUUUUGUUUUUUUUAAGGGUCUCAAUGGACAUAUUUUUGGAACUGAACAGUAGAGAUCAAUAAGCUCCUUUUGUCUGGCUGCUUGUAUGCGUCAGUUUGUGGAUGCAGUCUGCAACCAUGUUUGUGUGCGUGGGUGCGUGCGUGCAUGCGUGUGUGUGUGUGUGUGUGUGUGUGUGCGUUUGUGCGUGUGUGUGCGCGCGUGUGUGUGUGUGUGUGAGAGGGUGCGUGUCUGAGUAUGUAAUCCUGUAUCAUUAUUAACAGUGAUUCUAAAGCGAGAGGCACUUGAAUAAAGUCGUAGGCUUACAGUUUGUGUGUGUAAAGACAGUGGAGCAAGCCGGGGCAACACAUACUUUGUCCAUCCGUACAACUGGGCAUCUAUGCUAUAUCACUGCCAUUAUGCAUUAACAGUGUAUCAUGGUUCAUUGUUAGCCAACAAUAAACCUGUGUGCGUGGACCAUGAGUGAGACGGAUAAAGAUUUGGCAGGAGAGGAUAGAGGCCAUUAUCUUUCUAUGAGCAUUUUUUCUCGAGGAGUUUCUUUUCAGACUCAGAGCUUAUGUGAGGUGUUUAUUACUGCCAUUGUGAUAAUGAAAUUAUUACACAUUCAAUCUUCUUUUUGUUGUUGCAGUAUGGUGUUUCUUAAGUUGUGAAGGGCUGCUUUGAGUCUGGAUAGAAGAGGAUCAACUUGUCACAUGUGCGGCAUGUGUGGCACAUGUGAAAGCAGGAGAAUCUUGAGGAAAGUCGUGAUUUUCAAAGUUUGAUCUUCUCUGUGCUGCUUAGUGCAAGAUGAGGUCAAGAAAGGAUUUAGAGAGAGGACCAUUAGCUACUAAGAAGUCACUGUGGAACUGUGGAAGGCACGGCACAGGAUGGCCGGACGGAGAGGGUUGUAGUUUUUAGUGGUGUAGAAGUAUGCUGCUGUGUAGGAGAUGUGGAUGAUGUACAGCCAGUGGCUGGAAGAUAAUGAUGAACAAAAGACACCCAAAAGCCUCACAAUAAAACUUAAAUAUCUGCAUAUACAGUGUAUCACAAAAGUGAGCACACCCCUCACAUUUCUGCAGAUAUUUAAGUAUAUCUUUUCAUGGGACAAC